CCAACUAUUUAUAGCUGGUUCAACUGCUGUUUGUCACUGAGCUGUUCAACAACUCAUUCAGGUUUGAAGAUUUCGUGAACAUUUCAGAUAGAAAUGAACUUCAAGUGGUUCUGGCUCCUGGCCAUUGUCCUGGUCUUAGGAUUCGCCAGUUUUGCAGAUGCCAGGGGUGGCCGUGGUGGAGGUGGCCGCGGUGGUAGAGGUGGCCGAGGAGGCCGUGGGGGCAAAGGACAAAAACGCAACUGUAACGUACCUCCUAGUCGGAGAAGAGACUGUGGAUACCCUGGAAUACCUAGAAGUACAUGUUUAAAAAGAAACUGCUGUUUCAGCAGUGCUAUCAAGAAUUCAAAAUGGUGUUUCUACCCAAAUUAGAACGAAAUGAAGGCACAGCCCAGGAACGUCCGGCAUCCCUCCAAGACAAAAACAGAAAACAAAAUGCUAGCAUAGCAGUCGCUUUCAAAAUUUCCUGCUCUCUACCCCGAUUUUCUGCUUCUUUCCUUGCCAGGGAGGUCAGUCUGCACACAACAACUGCAAAUCAUCUCCCACAAAAGCUAUAAACCAGGCAUAGGCAAACUCGGCCCCCCAUAUGUUUUGGGACUACGACUCCCAUCAUCCCCAGCUAACAGGACCAGUGGUCAGGGAUAAUGACCAAAACAUCGGGAGGGCCGAGUUUGCCUAUGUCUGCUAUAAAUGUAGCUAAUUAGUCUCAGCUCCAUAGUAUUUUUUGCCAACCUUGGCUAUUACUCUUGAGAAUGUAGAAAUGCAUUUUAUUUCCCACUAUUUGCUUUAUCUUUAUGAAACUUUAUUGCGCAUUCUGCAUAUUAAAGCAUUGCAAAAAAAUAA